AUGCAGAGGCAGGAGGCUCUGGAGCGGUACGCCGAGAGGGCUGGCCUCCUGGCCCAGCUCUUCGACGGCAGGCCCGCCACGGCCCAGCCCCUCCUCGCCAGUGAGGCCGAGGGCCUGGCGCAGCUGGCGGCCGGCCGGCCUGUGAAAGCGAGCCCUGAUUUGGGAGCCGUCGCGGGUGAUGCAGCCGAAGUGGAGGCAACGGCUGCGGCCUGGGAUGAAGCACGAGAGGCGGCGGGCGACUCGCGGGGGGACGACACGGCCCCCGUGUCGGCCACGGUCGCGCCCUCCGCGUCCACUGGGCACGCGCCAGCAGCGCAGACCCCCGGCCAGUUCUGGUUGGGGGGGGCGGUGGAGGGCCUCGGGGGCGUGGAGGCCCUGCGCUCGCUCGCCGCCGCCGCCAGCGGCGACGAAAAGGCUGAGUCCUCGUCUGUGGGAGACUGGCCCACGGCCGUGGUCCACUGGGACGCGUCGCGAGGGUCGCCUCGCCUCUCGGGCCUCUCGGCCGACCUGAGCCUGACGGCCGAGCCGCUGCCAGUGAGCCUGGAGGCCUCUGGCUGGGGCGGACCGGAGGAUGUUGUGCCGGACAGGCAGGCUGUCCUGCUCUGA